CGUUUCCGAGGCGGUUUGUUCGAGGCUCGUCGUGUCUCCGGUGCCGCCUGCUCAGCCGUCUCCGCCGCUCCGUUUCGCAUCGCUGCUCCGGUCCUCCGGCAACCACACACACACACACACACCUCGGUGUCCGAGCACCAUGGCCCGCUCCCGGCGCUUUCACUGAGAGACAUGGAAGCCAAGCAACAUCCGAUAAAGAGCCUCAAAAGCUACCCGGAAACAGGCGGCCGGAGCCUGGCAGCGGCAGCCGGAGGAGACGGAGAAGGAGGCGGCGGCGGCGGCUAUCGAGCCGGCUCGGCUGAAAUGGAGAUGGAGGUGAAGAUCCAGAAAGCCAUCGACUUCAAGGUGGAGGGUCACCGCUGCUACAAGGAGAAGAAAUUUCGGGAAGCGAUCGGCAAGUACCACCGGGCGCUGCUGCAACUCAAAGGGGUCCAUGUAGCCGACGGGACGACGGGCUCAGAGGUCAACCUGCUGAGCCCACCCGCGGCCACGCUGACCGAGGAGCAGCGGAGAGCCGUGGAGAGCACCGAGAUCGAGUGCUACGACAGCCUGACAGCGUGCCUGUUGCAGUCUGAGCUGGUGAACUACGAGCGGGUGAAGGACUACUGUCUGAAGGUGCUGAGCCACCGGAGAGACCACUUCAAGGCCAUGUACCGAGCCGGCAUCGCCUUCUACCACCUGGGGGACUACGAAUGUGCUCUCCGCUACCUGCGUGACGCCAAGAACCGCGAACCCACAGACACCAACGUGCUGCGCUACAUCCAGCUGACGGAGAUGAAGAUGAACAAGAGCGGCCAGCGGGAACGAGAGAGCGGCAAAGAGACGCAGGGCUAACCCUCGACCUUUGACCCCUCAUCAACCCCCCCUCUUUGGUCCUCUAUCUACGCCCGGCAGCAGCACAGCCCACAGACAGAAGACAGAAGACGCAAUCACCCGCCAGGGAGACAUAUCAAGCUCUGUCUGCAAGCCAACCUCCUCUUCCCUCUCGUCCCUCUUCCUCUCCCUCUUCUCUCCCUCAGGUGCUGCGGUUCUUCUCCCGAGACGCAGACAGUCGAGCAAACUUUAAAAACUUCUUUUUUUUUUUAACUGUACUAUACUCAAUGAAAAAGGAGCUUCAAAACAUACAUAUGAAUAAUGGUCAUUUGCGUGAUUUAGUAAAUGUUUUUAAAGACAAAAAAGGCAUUUAGUGUCUGCUCUCUUUUCUCUCUCUUUUUCUCUCUGCCUUCUCUCCGUCUUUCUUCGAACUCUUGAGGAGAAUAUCGG